AUGGGAACUCCCGCUGUUGUCAUGGACAACGGUACCGGCUUAACCAAGUUGGGCUUUGCCGGAAACGACUCUCCCUCAUUCGUCUUCCCUACGGCAAUCGCAACAGCGACAUCUGCUGGGAAGUCAGGAAAAAGCGCUGGCAGCAGUGCGUUGAGCAGCAAAAGAGGAUUGGAAGACUUGGACUUCUUCAUUGGUGAUGAGGCUCUAAGCGCCGCCACCGGCCCAAAGUACUCCUUGUCUUAUCCAAUCAGACAUGGUCAGAUUGAAAACUGGGACCACAUGGAAAGAUUUUGGGAGAACUCCAUCUUCAAAUACCUUCGGUGUGAACCCGAAGAUCACUAUUUCUUAUUGACUGAGCCACCCUUGAAUCCGCCUGAGAACAGAGAGAGCACAGCAGAAAUUAUGUUCGAAUCGUUCAACUGUGCGGGUUUGUACAUCGCUGUUCAGGCAGUGUUGGCAUUGGCAGCCUCAUGGACGUCUUCGAAGGUCCAGGAUAGAUCGUUAACCGGUACAGUGAUUGAUUCAGGUGACGGUGUCACCCAUGUUAUUCCAGUGGCAGAAGGCUACGUCAUCGGAGGUGCAAUCAAGAACAUCCCCUUAGCCGGUAGAGACAUCACGCUUUUCAUCCAGUCCUUGUUGAGAGAUAGAGGUGAGGCUGACACCUCGUUGCAGACGGCAGAGAAGAUCAAGCAGCAGUUUUGUUACGUGUGCCCAGACAUGGUAAAAGAGUUCAAAAAGUUCGACCAAUAUCCACAGGAGAAGUUUGCACAGUACAUUGUAGAGACUGUGCAGCGCAAAAGUGUUGUGGAUGUUGGUUACGAGAGGUUUUUGGCUCCGGAGAUUUUCUUCAAUCCAGAGAUCUGUUCCUCCGACUUCUUGACCCCAUUGCCCACCGUGGUGGACCAGGUCGUGCAGCUGUCUCCAAUUGACGUGCGUAAAAAGCUCUACAAAAACAUUGUUUUGAGUGGAGGCUCUACCAUGUUCAAGGACUUCGGCAGAAGAUUGCAAAGAGAUAUCAAAGCUUUGGUGAACGAGAGAAUCGAGUUGAGUGAGAAGUUGAGUGGCGUUAAAAGCACCGGUGUGGAUGUCCAGGUGAUAUCGCAUAAGAGACAGCGUAACGCUGUGUGGUUUGGUGGAUCCUUGUUGGCACAGACGGCUGAGUUUAAGAGCUACUGCUACACCAAGCAGGAUUACGACGAGUACGGACCGGGAAUUGUGAGAAAUUUCUCCUUGUUCUCUGUCCCAUAA